AUGCCAAGAAAGUCCAAGAAAUCAACCGAACAGCCAGUGAUGAUGAACGACGAAGAGGAAUCUGCUGCCAAUGCCUCAUCAUCGAAUGCCACCAUGGAUACUUCCAUGACAGGGGAUCAUGAUGAGUCAGCUGCUACUACUACCACCAUGACUCCAGAGUCCUCGACCGAAUCAUCCAGACCUUCGAGAAAAUCUAAAGAAACAGCCAAACGUGUCAUUCACAAGGCCAUUAAAAGUAAACUCAACGAAGAAGAAGAAAAGAAUGUGAGUGAGGACCACCAAAACAACAACACUGUUGAUGAUGAAGUUGAAGAAUUAUCUCAUGCUCCUCGUAUCAGUAUUGCUGCCAUGAAGAAAAAGCAAAAGGCUGAAAAAUUAGCAAAGAAGAGACAACAACAAUCAAAAAAGAACAAGAAGGAUGCUGAAUCUUCCGACAGUGAAGAGGAUGAAGAAGAUGUCGAAUCGGAUGCCAAAACUGAAAAGAAGAAGCGAAACACCUCUAAAAAAAAGAAAUCUAAGAAACAAGAGAAAAAAUCGACUUCCUCCUCUAAAAAGAGAAAGAAGAAGGAUGAGGAAGAUGACAAUGAUGAUGAAGAUCACUCCGAUGAGGAGGAUGGAAAAAAGAAGAAGAAGAAGAAAAAGACCACAACCUCGAAAAAGUCAACCUCCAAAAAGUCUUCUAAAAAGAAAAAGAUCAAGCCUGGCAUGCGUGAAGUACCUGAACAAGUUCUUGAACGAAUUGCCCAAAUGAAAGAUGAAGCCUUUACUGAAGUGAGUGAUGAAUUGCACACUGAAGUCUCUCCAGUGAGAACUAGUAAGGAAGUUUUCCGUGCCAUUCUCACUAAAAAUUAUGUUCUUUUGAAAAAGAUUCUAGAAGAUGAAAAGCAUGUGAACAAUAUUUGGAUUUCAAGAUCUGUAGAUUGUGAUUGGAAUGUAUGGGAUUAUGCGAUUCGUUCCAAUGAUCAAAGAGCUCUCGAAAUGCUCUUUGAAGAAACUACAAAAUAUAGAACUAGAGUUUCUCAAUCUCAUUCGAUUGAAACGAUGAGUACUGGACAUGUUGGUAAAAGAACAUUUGGACGUGCCAUUCGUAAUGUUAAUGUAUCACGUGGAGGUAGAGAAGGUAUUGAUGUUGCAUUCGCUAAAGAUUCUGAUCAUUAUCAAUACAAUCGAUGGAAUGACGGAUUUGCUGAAGCAUUGGAAAGAAGUCUCUCAUGUCCAGAUGUUACAACAGAUACUAUUGAUUAUCUCAUUGUAAAGAAAGGAUUAGGUAUCUUUGGUGAAGAUGGUAUCUAUAAUGCUGUUCAAUCUGGUAAUUUGAAAAUUGCUAUUCAUUUAGCUAAAAAGUUACAAGCACAAGAUGGAUUUGGAUUGAAUCAUCUCCAUGUCGAAGCCUUGGAAUUGGAUGGUACUUCCAAUUUCUCCGAGUACAAAUCUGUGAGUGUGGUGAAGAAGGCUCUCGCUAAAGAUGCAACUCCCGUACAUUUUGCUGCCAUUAAUCCUCAUACUAAAUAUCUCAAAGAAUUGGUAGAGAAUAAUAGUGAUGGAUGUGCCGUUCAAGAUGCUUUCCAAAAAAGACCACUUCAUUUUGCUGCAUGUUCUUCAACUCCUGAUAAUAUCAAGUAUUUAUUAGAGAAGGGUGCUAAUAUUAUUGAAAAGGAUUCCCAGAAGAGAACUGCUCUUCAUUAUGCUGCUAAAUAUGGACAUGCUCAUAAUGUUGAAAUUUUAUGUCCAAAAGACACCAAGUAUGGAUCUAUUAAGGAUAAGUUUGGUUAUACUCCACUCCAUUUAGCUGCUUGGUAUGGACAUACAGAAGUUUGUGAAAAAUUAGUGGAAUGUGGCGUUCCGGUCGAUAUUGCUGCAAAAUUGAAAGAAACUCCAUUAAUGAGUGCCUGUAAGAGAGGACAUUUACAAGUUGUGAAAACUUUAAUUGAAAAAGGUGCCAAAAUUGAAAAACUCUGUUCCCGUAAGAAAUCUCUUCUCAUGUAUGCAGCCAUGAAUGGUCAUUUUGAAAUUUGUCGAUUCCUUCUCUCAAAUGGUGCUGAUCCUAAUCACAAAGAUUCUGCUGGUAACAGUGUCAUGCACUAUGCCGUUGCUUAUGGUUGGUUUGAUAUUGUUAAACUAUUAUUAGCUGCAGGUGCUGAUUUACAUGCACUCAAUUCAUGGAAAUAUUCUCCAUUGAACAUUUCCAUGUUGAAAUCUCAUUAUGGUAUUACUGAAUUUAUUCUCAAUGAUGCAGGUGUUGAUUUGAAUUUGAAAGAUUCAGAAGGUUAUACUCUCAUACACAAAUUAAUGAGUAAUUUGAAUGAUCAAAAUGUCAAUCAAAUCAAAUAUCUCAUUGAAACUAAAAAGGAUCGAAUUGAUUUGACCAUUACAGAUUCAAAGAAACAAUCUCUCUUCCAUUACAUUACUGGUCCUAGAACUAAAUAUGAUAUUGAAUUGGCUAAAUUAUUCAUCAAACAUGACCUUCAUUAUGAUUCAAUUGAUCAGAAUGGUGUCACACCUCUCAUGAAAGCAUUUAAUCAUUCCAAUAUUAAUAUGAUUAAAUUCUUAUUGGAACAAGGUUCACGUGUGAGAUGUAAGAAACAUGAAGAGAAUAUUCUCCAUUUGGUAUUGAAACAAGUGAAUCAUCGAGAUUUGAACAAACUUUUUGGAAUUAUUUAUGAAAAUAUGGUCGUUAAUAAGAGAGUUUACCAUGAUGAUCAUUCAAAUUCAGAACAACAACAACAACUCUUAAUGAUGAAUGAUGAUGAAAUUCCAUCCACAACUGCAACAUGUGAAGAUUCAUCCAACCAUAACAACACGAAUGAACAGAGCGAACAACAGAUUAAAGACUCAGAACAACUCUUCUACAAGAUGGCUCAAACCAUUGAUGCCACAGGAAAGACUCCACUCAUGGCCAUGAUUGAACAAUUCUCUCUAUCUUCCAACAUGUAUGAAUUGGCAGAGGAUAGUGAUGGAGAAGCUACACCUUAUCCAACACCUUCCAUGAAUAGUGAGGCCAACAAUCCAUUCAAUGUUCUCUUUGGUGAAGAAGAGACUAAGAAGACAAGGAAGAAGAAAUCUUACGAGAAGGAAGACAAGAGGAAAGUCAAACAAUGGAAACAUGAUGACGAGGAUGAGGAUGAGGAGGAGAGUGACUUUGAAGAUCGAAUGGAAGAUGACGAAGAAGAAGUGCCUGUUAAAAAAAAGAUGCCUUCUUCUUCUACCAAAAAGUCUGCUAAAAAGAAAUUGGUGAGUAAAAAGAAGAACGCCCAGCUCAUGGAUGAUUCUGAAGAAGAAGAAGAAACCUCCAUGAUGAUGGAAGAUGAUGAACAUUCUGAAAUGUCCUCUCAAAGCGAAGACAGUGAACACGAGGAAGAAGAAGAAAAUGAAGAAACAGCAGCAGCAGAUACUUCAUUUGUAUCCACUACGAGUAGUAGUAUGCUUAACAGGAGUGGAUUUAGUGCUACUACUGGUGGAGAGUUCUUUGGAGGAAUGAGUACAAUGACCACAACAACAACAACCACCACCACCACUACUACUACUACCACUCAAGAAGAAGAAGAAGUUGAAUUAGACAGUGAUGGAGAACCCUAUGACUAUUCCUACGGAUACAAGAGAAAGAAACCAAAAACACCAACUGGUUCCAGUACCACUCUAUUCUUACAAUUCUUGGAAAAGUAUCUCACUCUCACCAAAACUUCAUUGAAACAUGAAAAGAUUGUUCAUAUCACAGAAUCAAGUAAGAUCAAAAUUAAGGAUCCAAACACCAACAAGAUGAGAACCAAACAUUAUCCACCUAAUCACUACAUUUCCUAUACACCUCUUCAUUUUGCAGUUAGAAAUAGAAAUGCAGAAUUAAUUAAGGUCUAUUUGAGUUCGAAAUAUCGAUUGGAUGUCAAUGCAAAAGAUUUCAAAGGAAUUACUCCACUUCAUUUGGCAGUUCAAGCAGCUAAAUCAAGUGAUGAUGCCAUUCAUCUCGUGAAAUACUUGUUGAAACAUGGAGCUGAUUUGAAUAGUCGUGAUUCGUAUGGAAGAAGUCCAUUCUUUUAUGCCUUUACUGAUAUUCCUUAUCAAGGUGGUGGUGGUUUUGCUUCCAAUAGAUAUUAUUCUUAUGGUUAUUAUGGAUCAUCCAAUGAUCCUAUUGAAUUAGUCUCCGAUAUGUGUAACUUUGAAGGAUUAGAAAUGGAUAUUGUGGAUCAUAUGGGUCGAUCACCUCUCCACUAUGCUUCAUUGAAGGGUGCAACCAUUAGUAGUAUCUUUUUAAUUCAGAGAGGUGCUGAAUUGAAUCGUAAAGAUGAAGAUGGUAAUACGGUUACUAAUUUGGCAUUAUUAUCAUCUAAGGUUGAUUUUGUGGUCACUUUGAUUAAUAAGGGAGGUGAUGUCCAUGCACCCAUUUAUUCCUCUGGAUCUGUUGAUCCACUCACUAUUCGUGAACAAAAGAGACGUACCUUACUUGAAGAGAGUAAGAAGAAGAAGAAGAGUCAUAUUUUGGGUGCACGUUCUUCCUCUCGACAUUUACCAAAGGAUGACGACGAUGAGGAUGAUUACGAUGAGGACAAUGAUGAUGAAGAGAAUGAUGAUGGUUCUGAAAAUGAGAAAGAACUCUAUUCUUCUUCUUCUUCUGAAGAGGAGGACGAUCAAGCUGCUGAAAAGAACCCUGCUCUCUCUUAUCAUGCCAUUCGUGAAAAAGUUGCCUCUGAAGAAUUACCUUCCAUGACCAUGUUCAAAUAUGCACUUUCUCGAUCUUUUAUGGGACUUGCUUAUCUCAUCAUGCAAGAACCUAAUAUCAAACCAACUCAAGUCAUUAGUGAUGCAUUGGAUACUAAACAAUAUGGUCUCGUACAAAAAUUAAUUCGAAAGACUAGAAAUGAUUUAUUAAUUAAUGAUCUCAAUAGUGAUGGACAAAAUGUGAUGCAUUUAGUAGCUCGUCAUUGUGGAUCUCAUUCUGAAUGGAAUUCAACAUGGAGUGUGACCAUAACUAAAAUGUUAUUGAGAAGACAUGUCAAUGUGAAUUUAGUAGAUACUUGCAAAGGAAGAACACCACUUCAUUAUGCUUGUAAGAAUAGAAAUGAUCAAAUUGUAUCAUUAUUAUUGAAACAUGGUGCAACACCAAAUGUAUUGGACAACAAGUAUAAGAGAAGUGCAUUGAUUCAUGCCUGUAAGAACUCACGUCAAAGUACGACCAUUUUCAAUUACCAUGCUUCAGUGGUGGAAUCUAUUGUGAAGGAUUUAUUAGCUCAUCAUGCGAAUCCGAAUAUCCAAGAGACCAAAUAUGGAAGAAGUGCAUUACAUCUUGCAGUAUUAAUUGGUGAUCGAAGAGUCGUCAAGAUGUUGUGUCAACAUCAAGUCAAUGUCAAUUUACACGAUACACCUCUCAAGAGAACUCCACUCCAUCAUGCAGUACUUCAAUCAGACAAUGAAACGGUGAAUCUUAUUUUAGAACAUUCCAAACAAAGUGUCAAUGUCAACUCAAAAGAUCUUGAUGAAAGAGCUCCACUCCAUUAUGCUGUGGGUAUUAAUCUCUUUGGAUAUCAUCAAAAUGUAGAAUUAGUGGAAUCUUUGAUGAAAGCCAAAGCUGAUAUUCAUAUCAAAGAUAAGGACUCUAAAUCACCACUCUAUUACUCGUUUAGACAAACCAAUGGUAUUUAUACUAAAUUAUUAUUAGACAAAUCAGAAAGAAAUUCAAACUCUGAAUUGGAACAACAACAAGCUCAAAAUGAAAUCAAAACAUUGAUUGAGUACAUGUCAACAUUCCCAGUCCCACACCAAAAUGUAUCCUUUGAAAGUGAUGCAAGUGAAGCAUUGAGAAUCUUUGAGGAGAAUGAAGCUAAUCGACAAGAGACGGAAGAAGAAAAGAAGGAAAGAAUACCAAAAAUGGAUUCUAAUUGUGCCUUGAAGAAUUGUCAAGUCUUGGUGGAUGAUUCAACUAGUAGUACUGACGAUGAUUCUCAAACCAAUAACAAUGAUGUUCGAUAUUUCCAUGCAGUAUUGAACAAGACCGAUGUCAAAUAUGGAACCAAUGGUUACAAUAACUUUUAUAUUCUUCAAAUUGGUCAUAAUGUUGGUCAAAAUUUAUAUGUCCUCUUCAAUCGAUAUGGUAGAGUUGGUGAGACUGGUAUGUUCCAAACCACUCCAUUCCAAGAUAAGGAUGAAGCUAUUGCUGAAUUUAAAAAGAUUUUCAAAUCUAAAACAGGAAAUGAAUGGGGAAAGGAAUUUGAAGAAAAGACUAAAAAGUACAAGAUUGUUGAUGUUAGUAAGAGAAAGGUUAGAGAUCCAUUACAACCUAUUGAUUUAUCCAAAGCAGCUUCAUCUACUCUUCCAGAACCUAUUUAUGAUUUGAUGAAAUUGGUUUGUGAUAUUACCAUUUUAAGAAAAGAUUUAAUUCGAUUGGGUAUUAGUGAUGAAUACUUCUCAUUAGGCCAAUUAUCCAAAGAGAGAUUGAAGAAGGGUUAUGAAGUAUUGACCACUAUUUUACAAACUAUUAAGGAUAAGGAUGCCAAUCCAAAUUUGCCACCAAGUGAAUUAUUAGUCAUUUUAGGAAAGUUAGCAGAUCUUUCUAAUGAAUUCUAUUCACUCAUUCCUCAUCAUGGAUGUGUCAAUUGUCCAAUUGAAGCUCUCGAAACUGAACAUGAAGUACUUGCUAAAAUGAAAUCAUUGGAAGAUUUAAUUGAAUUGAGAACUGCGGCGAGAAUUUUAUUAGCUUCCCAAUUGAACAUCAAGACAAUGAAUCCACUCGAUUACACCUAUCAUGCCUUGGGUGCUCAACUUGCACCUCUCUCAAAGACCGAUGAAGAAUUCUCUGUCAUUAAUCAAUACAUGGAUCGAAGUGGACGUGACGUUAAAAUUAUGAAUAUUUUCAGAGUGAAUCGACCAAGUGAAUCAGAGAGAUUUGAACAAUUCCUGUCCAAACAAAAAUCAAAAGGAAAGAGUCUCCAUCGCAUGUUGUUAUGGCACGGAAGUCCAGUCACAAACUUUUUAUCUAUUCUCUCAAAGGGUCUAUUAAUUGCACCAAAAGAAGCUCCUGCCUCUGGUUACAUGUUUGGUAAAGGAAUUUACUGCGCAGACAUGUUUGGAAAGAGUUUGGGUUAUUGUCGCUCGGAUGUGAGUGAGGGACAAGCCUUACUCUUGUUGUGUGAAGUCUUGGUUGGAAAUCCAUAUCGUACCUAUGAAGCAGAAUAUAUGGAAGAUGCGAAAAAUGGUUUCGACUCGACCAUGGGUGUUGGAGCGAGAGGACCUAAUGAUGAACAACCCUAUGUGCAGUACGAUGGAGUGCAUAUUCCAUUAGGACCUAUUGUGGAGACACCAAAACCAGUCGAAAAGGUCAAUGCCAAUCGUUAUUGGAAUUUCUCACUCAGUUACAAUGAAUAUAUUGUGUAUAAUGUGGAUCAAGUGAGAAUUCGUUAUAUGGUCCAGGUCAAGACUAGUGAAGAAUAA